GAGCCGGUCCUGUGAUGACUCCCCGCUUGUCUGUGUCUUCUGCCAGUUUUCCUGCUAGAUACGCUGUCAAGUUGAAACUGGUUUAUAACGAGGAAUGACCCUAACGGGGCUUUCAGGCUUGCCUCAGUCUAUGAAGCUAAUCACAGGUCCACCAGGAGAGCCUGGGCCACGGGGCCCCCCAGGUCCGCCAGGCAUACCAGGAGCAGACGGCAUUGAUGGUGAUAAAGGCCCACCCGGUGCAGCAGGAAGUCCUGGGACGAAGGGAGAACCAGGACCUCCCGGCCCAGAUGGCCCACCGGGUAAACCUGGGAUUGAUGGUUUAACGGGAGCAAAAGGAGAACCCGGUGCUGUUGGAAGGCCUGGCCUUAAAGGCCUACCUGGACUUCUCGGACCUCCGGGCCUCCCUGGGCCCUCGUUGUCUGGACCUCCUGGUCCUCCCGGCCAGGUUGGACUGCCAGGAGAAAUCGGAGCUCUGGGUCCCAAGGGCGUGCGUGGACCCGAUGGCCCCCAAGGCCCCCCCGGACCUCCUGGCAAGCCGGGCCCCGUUGGCCGCAUCGAAGGCGUUGAAGGCAGUGCUGAUUUUCUGUGUCCAACCAACUGCCCACCUGGACCAAAAGGACCUCAAGGACUGCUAGGGCUCAAGGGACACAGAGGCCGGCCAGGAGCCCUGGGAGAAUCUGGAAGACAAGGGAGGCCGGGGCCAAAGGGUGAUGUAGGGCUCUCCGGAGAACAAGGCAUUCCAGGGCCUCCCGGCCCGCAAGGUCUCAGGGGAUACCCUGGAAUGGAAGGACCUAAAGGAGAGACGGGUCCCCGUGGUUAUAAAGGCAUGGUCGGAACCAUCGGAGCCGCAGGCCCCCCGGGCGAAGAAGGUCCUAGAGGCCCACCAGGACAGGCGGGGGAGAAAGGAGACCUUGGUGCCCGUGGUUUUAGGGGCGCACAGGGAGGAAUGGGGCCCAAAGGCGCCAAUGGUCUUCCUGGCAUAGAUGGUAAAGAUGGUACCCCGGGCAUUCCUGGAGUGAAGGGAAGUGCUGGACAACCAGGACUUCCGGGACCCCCUGGCCACCGAGGCUUAGCUGGCUUGCCAGGCACACCAGGAACUAAAGGUGGCCCAGGUGACAAAGGUGAACCUGGCUUGCGUGGCCCACGAGGUUUGUCUGGGAAUCCUGGAAAAUUGGGAGAGCCGGGACCUCCAGGAGAACCGGGGCCUCAGGGCGUUGCUGGAAUGAAGGGCCCAAAAGGGGAGCAGGGCCCCCCAGGAAUUCCAGGCCCACAAGGUCUCCCAGGCGUGAAAGGCGACAAGGGUUCCCCAGGAAAAACUGGACCCAAAGGUGACAUUGGGGAUCCUGGCGUUGAAGGCCUUCCUGGAGAAAAAGGGGAGAAGGGUGUAUCUGGUGAGCCUGGACCCAAGGGGCAGCAAGGUGUCCGUGGAGAACCUGGCUUUUCCGGACCAACUGGGGACCCUGGGGCACCCGGUGUCCGAGGUUUCCCAGGACCUCCUGGCCCUCGAGGACUCGGCGGAGAACGGGGUGUUCCUGGAAUGCCAGGACCUCAAGGUGCCCCAGGCCGGGAUGCAGGAGACCAGCACAUUGUUGAUGUCGUCUUAAAAAUGUUGCAAGAACAACUGGCCGAGUUAGCCGUGAGUGCCAAGCGAGCUGCCCUGGGAGGGGCCGGGGUGAUGGGACCACCGGGACCCCCCGGACCACCGGGACCUCCUGGAGAGCAUGGGCCACAUGGCCACCCUGGCGCUCGUGGCAUCCCAGGAAUCAUAGGGGCACCUGGACAGAUUGGCAACACUGGGCCCAAAGGAAAGAGAGGGGAGAAAGGGGAACAAGGAGAACCUGGCCAUGGCCAUCAAGGGAUGCCUGGACCACCAGGUAUACCAGGUCUUCCUGGUCCACCAGGCCAUGCCACCAACGGGAAAGAGGGAGAGCGAGGUUUCCCAGGUAACCCUGGAGAAGCUGGCCGGCCCGGUCUUCCUGGGCCUCCGGGCCUUCCCGGGUUCUGUGAAGCAGCUGCCUGCUUAGGAGCCUCUGCCUACGCUUCAGCCCGGAUGACGGAGCCAGGAGCCAUCAAGGGACCUUCAUACUGAGGGUCAUCAGGGGAAUGUUCUUCUUGCAUCUUGGACGUUGUCAAGUCGGCAAAAGUUUCACUGCUGAUGUCAAGGGACUUAUACACCGGGACUGGAGACUGAGGAGAUGGGGAGCACCGAAUUUGUGUUUUUGGAAAUAAACGUCCCCUUCAUUUUGGGACAAGAAACCUCUGCCUAGGCCGUAGGCAUCCAUCCUUCCAUUUGUGCGUUGUUGGUGAGAAGAUGACCCUCAGCCAUUGCAAGUAGCUUCCACCGAGCUCAAUGCAAAGGCACCAACCGAGAUUUAUAAAAAUGGAAAACUCAUUGAUAUUUUGCAUCAAAAUGAAGCCUGGAAAAAUCCUCAUUGUUGUACUGCUAAAACGAACAAGCCACAAUGCCGACACCCUAGGUAUUGCUGAUUUUAUCUCCUGGCCAUGAAAAUAGGUGUACAUUUUGCCACUUUACAAGGUUUCCAGUGAUUUUAUGGGUGGGGUGGUGAGGAAUAUUGUCUUUUAUUUUAGCCCCAAAACACAUUAUUUUCCCCUCUUGUUGCUAUAGAGUGCUGCACAGUGAUUCUUCUAUUUUGUCCCUGGGUUCGGGUGUUUGUAUGAAGUAGGCCUUCAAAGGAAAAACAAAAAUUAUGAAUAAAAUUCCUUGAAAAGUAGUGUUUCUCUCUCUCUCUCUGUCUCUCUGUCUCUGUCUCUCUCUCUCUAUCAGUCAACUUUGAAUUUAAUGGCUAAAAUCCCUUUGUGUAACUUACGAAGGCCUAGAGGAAACUAAGUGAACAUAUUGGAAGUUCUCUGCUUAUUAGAACCUGUGAUUCUUCUUGAGAUUCUCAUUGUGUGCUAGGCAGAUGAUGGCUUUGUGUGCAACCCGGAAUCCUAGUGGAAUCCAGGUAGAACCCAAUAUGAUUUUGGGUUAUUUUUUUUCUCACUUGAACUUUAUUUCAUACGAACACCUCAUUAUUUGAAAAUGACACAAUAAAACGUGUGAUGAGAAGACUUUACUACUUGAAGAGCACCCUAUGAAUUGAUCGUUAAGUAACUGAUUAAUUAUUUUAUUAAUUCACUGAAUCACCUCCCCUGAUUACACCUUUUCUCUACAAGGUGCCUGCAAACAUUUUGUAACAUAACCUAUUAAGAUUUUGUUAGGCUUUAUUGUGUUUAUUGGAAGGACUGGUCGAUACAAAUUUGCUCUGAUUUUAUGUGUGUUCCUUUUUUCUUUUUAUAAUAUACAGUUUGUGGUGUAUUAUUUAAUGGAAUAUAACAGAAUCAGCUCGAGUCUUCUCCCCAAAACUGUAAAUCUUUGUAAAAUAAGGUUAUUUUAUAAAAUUUAAUUAAAAAUCAAUAUAUUUUCUUCCUCAGCAAAAAAUAGCUAGUCA